AUGGACCCGUCGCUGGAUAUGGUUGUGGCGGACGCGGUGCUGUUUGGUCGGCAGCACGUGCAGCGAGAUGAGGGGGACGUGUGCUUUGUCUGCCCGCGCACGGAGCAGGAACAAGGCCACGGGACAGUAGACACAGCAGAUCUGGUCACGUAUGGGCAAGUGCGCGCGGCCGUGCUGUGCUUGCAGCAGCAAAUGGAGCAAAUCGAGCACGUGGGCGAUGCCAGUGACCUCGAAGGCACAGCCGUGGUGUUGGCCUGCAGCUGCCCGCUGACGCUGGCCGUCUCGUUCCUGGCACUGAACAAGGCCAAGGCCAUCUGCGUCCCCGUGGACCCAAGCAUCUCUGCAGAGCAGCUCACAUCGUACCUCAGCGAGUACCGUCCAAGGCUGGUGCUGUGUGAUGUCGCUGUGGCCGCCACAAUCUCGUCAGCGUGGAUGGAAGCCAUCGCUGCACACCACGCGUGCCUGUGCAGCGUACACUGCGAUUCACGCAACGCAAGCGCACCUGCCCUGGAGCAUGUGCUCAUCGCUGACACUGCGAACAGCAAUCAAGCCAUCACAGGUGUUGGCAACGGAAGUGGGGACACCGACAGCAGCAAGCAGCACAAACACAGCGAGUUCAUCACCACCACCAAAAACGACGGCUGCACCGAGACCACCAGCACCGGUGCAAACGACGUCAUGAAGCAAGUAGCGUUCCCCAAGGACGCGUGCUUGUUCCUGCGAACGAGUGGCACGACCGGAGCACAGAAGACGGUGGUCCUCACCCACCACGGGAUCCUGAGCGGCCUCGGCAUGAUCCAGAACACGCUGCAGUUGUCAACACAAGACGUGGGCAUCAACGUGCUUCCGCUCUUCCACUGGCACGGGCUUGGCGUCAACUGCCUGUGCACGCUCUACGCUGGUGCACGCGUCGUUCUCGCGCCCGUGUUUCCCGGCCCACAGCAGUUUCUGCAGCUUGCACGUGUCCACGGUGUGACGUGGUACUCGGCUGUGCCCGCCUUCCACACCCCGCUCGCGCACUGGCUGGACAAGGCUGCAGCUGCUUCCGCUGCACACGCAGACGCAGGCGAUACGCAACCGCUUAAACAACACUCUAACCAACUUCAAGCUAAGCAACAGCAGCAGCAGCAGCAUGGGUGUCAGCCUGUGGCUCCACUUCGUAUCCGGUUUGCGCGCAACUGCUCUGCUGCGCUGUCGCCUUCCGUCGCCAGAUUGCUCGAGAAACACCUCCACUGCACCGUUCUCACCACAUAUGCCAUGACAGAGUGCCUUCCCAUCUGCAGCAACCCGCUCCCACCGCGCCACCAGUGUUGCGGUGCCGGUGACGAAGACGGCAGAUCACAUGAUGGCUGCGAUGACUGUGACAGCGACGCUGAUCGUAGCAGCAGCGGCAGCAGUGGUGUUGAUGAUGUCAUACCUUCGCAGCAUGAUGUAACCACGGUUGGCCCGCCCGCCGGGCCUCAGGUGGCAAUUAUGGUCGAUGGUUAUGAUGGUGAUGGUGGUGGUGGGGAGGUGCUGACGCAGGCGCCGGGCGUGCUUGGUGAAGUGGUGGUUCGUGGGCCCUGUGUUGCCUCCUACCUCGUCUCAAAGGACAGAGAUCCCAAUCUCACGGCGUUUACGGCGAGCGGGUGGUUUCGCACUGGUGAUUUGGGCCAGUUCACAAAAUCCGGACAUGUGCGCCUCUGCGGUCGUCUCAAACACAUCAUCAACCGCGCCGGCGAAACGCUGUCCCCGCUCCAGAUUGAGCACGCGGUGCAUGCUGAGAUCGGCCUGCCUGCCCUCGCAUUCCCGCUGCCACACGCGACGCUGGGAGAAGCUGUGGCUGUUGGUAUUGAAACGAAACUGGCGCACACGUCUGCACAGCACGACGUGCAGCAGCAGCUUGUGUCACUGGCGGUGCGAGCAAAGAUGGCUGUGGCCGUGCGUGUGUUUGAGCGUGCUGCGCCAUUGUGCGUCUUCUUCGUGUCUUCCUUCCCGCGAACAGCAACGGGGAAGCUGCAGAGGCAAAAGUUUUCAACAUCGUUGCAGCUUCCUCCCAAGACAGAUUUUGCCUUCCAGGUGUUUGCGCGCCCCAAUCGCCACAAAGACGAGUUGAUGGAGCUGGACGUGCAAUCCGCCACACGGCACAGUCACCGCACCACUACACGUGACGAGGGGCGUGGUGAUGAUGGUGUUGAUAACAAUCAUAACAACGAUGAUGGUGGUGGUGAUUGUACUUUGGCAACGGUGCUGUCAAGCGCACAGGAGAUUCUUGGGUUUCCCGUCGAUCCAAGCUCGCGGCUCGUGCACGCCGGUGCAGACUCGAUGGUGAUGACGGUGCUGUCAGAGAUGCUGUCAUCAACACUACACGUCAGCAUCGAUGCGAGCUGUGUCCAGCGUCUGGCAACACCAGCAGCUAUUGCUGCACACAUCCGCACGAUGAUUCAAACAGUUGAGGGGCGACAAGGUGGUGGUGGCGGCGAUGUUGACUGCAGCUCGCGUGCUGAUGGCACUGUUGGUGAUGGCAAUGAUGCAGCUGUUGUGCUGCAACAACAACAACAACAACAACAACAACAACAACAACAACAACAACAACAACAACAACAACAACAACAACAACAACAACAACAACAACAACAACAACAACAACAACAACAACAACAACAACAACAACAGCAGCAGCAGCAGCAGCAACAACAGCAGCAGCAGCAGCACCAACAACAACAACAGCAGCAGCACCAACAACACCAACAACAACAGCAGCAGCAACAGCAGCAGCGUGCUGAACGUGCACGCAGGAAAGAGCAGCGGCGCCAAAAAAUCAACACGUCCAGAAUUAUUGAAAGCGCUUUCAACGAGAAGCAUGGGCUGCACGCUGCUCGUGUGGGCGACGCUUUGGCUGUGCGGCAGUUGGUCCAUCGCGGAUGGAAUGUCACCAAAGUUGUCGACAAACACGGGCUCAACGCCCUGCACUGGGCAGCUGGCCAAGGCCACGUGGAGCUGUGUCAAUUCCUCGUUGAAGAGUGCGGAGUGGACGUGAAUUCCUGCAACCGCGAAGGGAGGACUGCCCUUCACUGGGCCUGUCGCAACAAGCACAUGCACGUGGUUCGUGCGCUGAUGGGAUUUGGGGCUGAUCAUACCCUCGUCACCAAGAAGGGCGUCUCCUGUCUUCACUGGGCAGCAGGUGAAGGAACCAACAUGUCUCAUUGUGAUCCAGAAUGGCCCUUCGUGAAGGAACAGAAGUACACACACACGCACGUGGUUGCGUAUGUGUCUGGACUAAUGGCCCACCACCGCCUCCCCUUCCGUCCGGCGCCGGCCCGCGUCUCCUUGGAGGACAUUGCAGCAGGCGCCCGUGAUGACCAGUAG